CGCUGGUGGGGGAUGAUAAGAAGAACGCAAGCGUCAACCUAUCGACCAGCUAACCCUCCGGGUAACACCCUCGCGAUCCUCGGCCGAGGCUCACUGCUUCACCGGCAAACUAGUGGGUAGUACACGCACGCGACACAGAUUUCAACUUGGAUUGUUUAGUUUCUCCUUCCUCACCUCUCUUAUUUCAUCCUUUCCUUUCGGAUUACCUUACGUUGAAGUGUUAUUCCGCAACUUCGGGGGAAAAGGUACGCAACAAAAAGGGACAAGUCGCUCGUGAACGUCGUCGUCGAGCCGUCAACUCCGAGACACGAAUCCUCCUCUCCCUCUCCUCUCUCCCGGUCACCAAAGCCAACCGAAGAACACGAGGAUCGUCGCGUACGUCGGCGAGCAUCCGACCGCCAAAGACCACCGGGAAUCCUGCGGUUUUCGUCAGGGGGACGAGGUCGGUGUUAAACCAGCAAGAUUACCGGCCGCGGCGGUUGCGCCAAAUACUGUGGUACAGCUCCUUCACCCGGCAACAUUUCAUUCUCCAGCUUUCGACAGUCCUUCACCUCCAAUGUUAACUACCUGAAACGGAGUUUGUCUUCCAGGUUCUCGUCAGGGGAUUUGAGCUCGGAGCUCGACGAUGAACCAAGCACAGACUCCGGGCUGGCCUCCAUGGCCAGGGAUUCGUCCCAAUCGUAUCAAGCGGUACCGGAUCGGCCACUGCAGUCCCAACCGACGCCUGUUCCACCGGCCAGCCAGCCACCGGUACCCGGUGCACCGCCGUCUGGACCACCUCAGCCCGUUGGCGGCGACCUGAGCCUGAACCUGAGGCCCGGAUCGAGAACCACCAGCGCUCCUUCCUCGCCUGCCAAGACCAGGGAAAGUUUGCUUCAGAGGGUUCAGAGCCUGACCGGAGCUGCUCGCGACCAGGGUGCAUCGAUUCUGGGAGCGGCGGUGUCAGGCGCGACCAGAGGGCCGUCUUACAACAAAGAUCGAUGUUUCACCUUGCUGGUUAUCGACGACCAGAAUACCGACUGGAGCAAAUAUUUCCGGGGUCGUAGGCUUCACGGUGAUUACGAGAUCCGCGUAGAACAGGCGGAAUUUCGGGAAUUGUCGUUGACUGCGAGCGAGAAUGGCACUGUUGUGUCCAUGGCGGUUUAUCGUAACGGGACCAAAGUCAUCCGAUCGUUCAAGCCAGAUUUCGUCCUGAUACGACAAAACCUAAAGGACGCGGGUGAAGACUACAAGAACCUUCUCCUCGGUUUAAUGUACGGCGGUGUCCCGAGCGUUAACAACCUCACGGCAAUUUACAACUUUCAGGACAAACCAUGGGUGUUUGCGCACCUACUUGGACUCCAACGUCGUUUGGGGAAAGACAACUUCCCAUUGAUCGAGCAAACUUAUUAUCCGAACCAUCGUGAAAUGGUGAGUGCAGCUCGCUACCCGGUCGUGGUGAAACUCGGACACGCCCACAGUGGAGUGGGAAAAGCUCGUGCCGAGACGAAUCAAGAGUUUCUGGAUCUCGCCUCUUUGGCCGCUCUGGCCAACACUUACUGCACAGCGGAGCCGUACGUCGACACCAAGUACGACGUUCACGUGCAGAAAAUAGGCAAUAACUACAAGGCGUUCAUGCGGAAGAGCAUAAGCGGAAACUGGAAGUCUAACACCGGUUCGGCGAUGUUGGAGCAAUUAGCCGUGAGCGAAAGACAUCGCACCUGGGUUGAUCACGUGGCCCAAUUGUUCGGUGGAUUGGAUAUCUGCGCGAUCGAGCUGCUGGUCGGGAAGGAUGGCCGGGAAUACAUAAUCGAGGUGAACGAUAGCGCGUUGUCGUUGAUGGGAGACUCGCAGGAGGAGGAUCGCCGUCAUAUUGCGGACCUCGUCACCGCGAAGAUGCAGGUAUGUUGUCGACCUCCGAGCGUGUUGACGAAAACAACAUCGAGAGGAUCGAUGUCUGGCUCGAGUCAGGCAACGAGCCCGGUAGAAGACCGUAGUGUGCCACCAGCUGCUCCGCUGGGAUCUCAUGGGAGCAUGGGAUCCAUGGCUAGCAUAGGAAGUUUAGGUUCCGCGGGCUCGGCGACAGCAAUGACGGCCGACGUAACCAGCUCUGACAGCCAUCAUCAAUUGCAACGACGCGAUUCACAAGCAUCGCAGUCAAGUACAGUGAGCAGCGCUCCGUCGGUUGGUCGACGUCAAGAAGAGACUCCAACGUCGAGAAUACCUUUCCACAGACAAGGUAGCCAGUCCCAGAGCGAAGACACCGAAGACACCAUGAAGAAUCUUCGGAAAACGUUUGCAGGGAUCUUUGGAGAUAUGUAAAUUUCUCGAAACGCGAAGGUUGUGUACUGGAGCAAAGGAGAUCGUCUUACGAUUGUUGUCAAAUCUGAGUUACUAAGAAAACUGUACCCGAGACGAAGAUGGAUUGCUUAGAACAUCUUUGGCGAAAGAUCGUAUUUUUCUUCGUAUUGUUUCCUUGUCAUUAGUAACGGUAUGUGAAUAAUUUUGCAACAAAAUGGGAUUUCUUCAAAAAAAAAAAAAAAAAAAAAAAAAAAACGCUCGGACGACGUAUUUUGAUUAAUUUGUCGGGUAUGAAAAUGGAUUGAAAAGGAAACUGAACGUCGAUAUAUUUGCAGAUCAUCAAGCUCGUCUAAACAACGCUCGUGUCCUACAAUGGGACGCCAUAUAACGAUGUAAAUUUUGCUAACGGUCCACGGCGAUGUGUAUAAAACAUAAACAUAACUUAACAUAACAUCUCGUUUCUAGCAGAUUUAGUUGUCAGUUGCUUGCUCGGUCAUUCGACGAAGAAGAUUCUUUCGAAGCUUGUUCUUCUAGAAUUCUUGGUAACUACGUUUGCUAAUUAUUCCGUACUUAAUUGUUAAUCGAUACUCCACGUGUUUGACGCAUCGGUUGCUACACAAAUGUUAACUACGUGUUUUCGAUAAGGGGAGGGUGAGCAAAAAGAAAUUAAUCCGGGAGAAAGUUUAAAGUCGUGGUCGUUUAUGUAUAUUAAAAGGUAAAAGAAAAAAAAAAAAAACGUAAAAAAAGUAAAAAAAUCGUAAUGUAGAUUCUAUGUAUUCGAUGUAUUCAGCAUUUACAUAGUGGCUAGGGAAAAAAAAGAGAUUCUCUCAGGUUAAAAGAAAUAGUCGAAGAAAACGAAGAAUGCUUUUCCAAGUGUCCGGUUAUGUUUCGUUACCAUCGACGUAUCCGUUCUGCAUACUCGUCUCGUUUACGGGGAACGCCGCCACUUGGUUUUUCGAUUCCAACAGGCAACAGUACCAUAGGCCCCUGUCAUCUCCUCAUCCGACUUUACUUCAGGCGUCCACUUUUUAGGCUUAACUUUCGAUUAUAGCAUUGUCUAACGGCGAGGGAAACGGGAAUGAUGCGAGGUAGAGAAAGCUGGGAAAAAAAAAAAUACAGAAAGAAAGAAUGGAAGAAACGACGAGUUAUAAAUUUAAAUGGGUGAUGAAAGUCCUGCAGUAAAAUACAUAUUUGUAAAAUUGUUAAAAAGUAUUUGUAAGCCGACGUCAUUCAAAAUGAUUGAGGAAAACAAAAAAAGAGGAGAUUCGGGCAUUAUACUGAACAUUUGGCUAGAGAAGACUUCGGAUCGAUCGCCCUGGCACUCGAUUGUCAGGCCAUGGAAGAACCAAACGAUCGACGAGUCUGUAUCUUAAGCGCACAAAUAGUCAUUAAGAUAUCGAAAAAAAAAAAAAAAAAUACGGGCAGUACUUUGACAUCGUGCAUGUGAGCAACGCAAACGUUUGGACUAAAUGAACGGGACUUGCGAGAGUGAGAGAAAAAAAAAAUUCUUCUGCCGAGUCGUCCGGCCUUGAUCUUGAACAAUGAACACGUUUCGGCCUGCAAAAAAAAUGUAAUUUCCUCGGCCGGCGACCUUUCGAUUUGGAUUUGUCAAAAUUUAUCGUCUCGAAUAGUGGCCGAGCAUCUCGAUGUUGAAAACUGUCCAGCAUUCCGAUAACGAACUGCUUCUUUUUCCUAAAUUUUCACGCGAUGUUGCAGGUGAUUUGUAAAGAGGCGAAUGGGAGGGAGCUUGCGCGAGGCGACUACUCGGCACGCUUGCUGAAAAUUCACGAAAAAAGAGAUACGUUCGUUGCUCCGUAGGCUUUAAGAACAAUUACCGAUGAAAUCAAAAUGUAAUAAAAAAAAUAUAAAAAAACGGGUUCGUGAACUAGGAACGGGGAAGCGAGAGGGUAGCGGCCGCUAGUUGCCGCGAGGAAAUGAUUAUUAAGGCAAAGAAGAAGAAGAAAAAAAAAAACAGAAAGAAACACAUGGGCAUUCAGUAAAUCGUGAUUUCUUGCGAUCGUGCAAAAAUCCGAAGCACACCAAGCAAACACUUGAUGAUCUGCAGAUAUACUCGUGUUCGUUUACCCUGUAAUUUAACUUUAUUUCAUCGAAACUCCUUUGAUUCAGUACUCGCUGGUGAAUAACGAUUCGAAUCUACGAAGUGAAAAGAACCGAUCGACGAAAGAAAAGAAAAAAAAAAAAAAGAAAAAGAAGAAAAGAACGAGAAUAGAGAACGAAACGUCUUUAUCCAAAUGAUCUCAAUUUACCUUAGAAUAAGGGCUGAUAAACGUAUUGGCGGCGAAGGGCAGACAGCUCGUGGUGUCAGCUUUGAAAGAAACAGAAAUAAGUUCGUUCGUUUCACACUCUGUUCUACCUUGAUUUUAUAUUACGAUUACGGAACGAUUGCUUUUUAUCGAAAUAUCGAUUUUAACUUAAACCUUUGUCAGUCGCAAGAAUAUAGCAAGGGAGACGCGUAGGACGCGUAAAAGGAACGUAUGUCGCCUCCUUUAUUAGGUCUUGGUUAUAUUCACCUUUGCUUCUGUCGAUGUUGAAUUUUUAGGAAUGUGAAGGAAAGGAUACGCGAACGCAGAGACGUGAACCUAGUCCAUCCUCUAUUGCACAACUAAUUGAUCGAUAUUCUCGGUAUGUGUAUCUAGGUUUAAAUCAGUAUCGUUAGUUAUCCGUUGAAAAGUAAGGUACACGGUAUAUGAAUUGAACGGUACCCACGGCUACCAGAGUUAAUUUUCGAAGUAAUAGAUGUCCGAUGGUUUGAUUUUUGAUGUGCCUUGAUACUUAAGUGUCCUUCUUGUCACGUUUCUUAUCCAUUCGGAGCAGCCAAAGUGCGUUUCGACGUACAAUUUUCACUAUGCACUUAACCAUGCGCAUCUCUCUCUUUCUCUUUCUAUUUCUCUUUCUCUAUUUCUCUCUCUCUCUCUCUCUCUCUCUUCCUCUCUAUGUUGUUUGUACUUUUUAUACACCGAGCGCGUGCACCGUUUUACCUUUCGCAUGAUCAUCUUUAACGAGCUGCUUAUCAUUAUUCGUCAGACACCUCGAUAUCGUGGAUAAGUGCAGGUACACCGUCCAAAGUACGAUCAACAGCGAACGAAGGCGUUAGCGUCACUCGAAACGUCAAUCGAUCGAACCAAGCGAGCACAUUUAUCGUUCGUCGAUAUUCGCGGUAGCUCGAGCUUACGUCGUUUAUUCUCCUCGGUUCACCUACACCAAUGGUUCGCCGUUUAGUGCAGUUAGAUUCGCGUUGCGUCUCGUGCGCUUUUGAUUUUCGUUGACAGUUUAGCUUCAUCGAUACGACAAGGCAAUGAUACGUAGAGAACGACGCGUAGAGUCUUAAACAGCGUUUAGAGCGCGUAGAGCCGCGAGAGAAUAGAGCAGAAGCUUUUGGAGUUAGGGUUACAGACGUUACAGAGGCUGUCUAAUUUCGCUAACCUAGUUUGAGAGAACUCGCCCGCACGUACGUAUGACAGUGAAGUCAGAAUCGCAAUAGAUAUCGCGAGCAAUAAAUUGUCGAGUUUACACUUGACGUUUGCAGGAAAUAGCACCUUAAGGGAGGUAACUGGAUAAGAACAUGGAACAGAAAGACGAAAAGAAAAAAAAAAAAGAAAGAAUCCUGGACAAUCUUUACAACAGAGAGAAAGUUGUAGUUGCCCAACGAAGUACAAAAAACGAUCGUCGAUGAACGAAAGCCGCUGAGCGAAACUGUGAAACUCGCUUUCGGAGCUGACGCCACGACGACGCGAGGAAACGAAAA